CUGUUUUAUUGUGAAAUUGAAAACAGGAUCUGCGUUGUUUUACCACGUCACACAACGCAGCUGAUCAGGAAACCAAACACGGAGUGUGUGUGUGUGUGAUCUUACGUGUCAUUCCCAGGAUCCUAGUGGCUCGGACUUCCGAAGUGUCUUGCGUACAGCAAAUGACCUGUGAUUUCCUUGGAAAACAGUCACUAACAAAGGCGACGUCAUGAAGGCUUUGAUUUUGGUUGGUGGGUAUGGUACCCGGCUGCGACCCCUCACACUCAGUGUACCAAAACCACUGGUGGAGUUCUGCAACAAACCUAUCCUGCUGCAUCAGGUGGAAGCUUUGGCCAAGGCUGGUGUGGAUCACGUGGUUCUGGCUGUGAGCUACAUGUCAGAGCUGCUGGAGCGUGAGAUGAGAGUCCAGGAGCAAAGACUUGGAAUCCGAAUCUCGCUGUCACAUGAGAAGGAGCCACUGGGAACAGCCGGACCACUGGCUUUAGCUCGAGAGCUGCUGAAUGUCGACAACGAGCCGUUCUUUGUCCUUAACUCGGACGUCAUCUGUGACUUUCCCUUUAACGACAUGCUGAAGUUUCACCAGCACCACGGCAAAGAAGGAACCAUCGUGGUCACUCGGGUGGAAGAGCCGUCCAAAUACGGAGUGGUGGUGUUCGAGGCAGAAAGCGGACGGAUCCAUCGCUUCGUGGAGAAACCUCAAGUUUUCGUCUCCAACAAAAUCAAUGCUGGCAUGUACAUCUUCAAUCCCAGCAUGCUUAGCAGGAUCCAGCUGAGGCCGACGUCCAUAGAAAAGGAGAUAUUUCCUGUGAUGGCAGAAGAGGGACAUCUGUACGCCAUGGAGCUACAAGGCUUCUGGAUGGACAUCGGCCAGCCAAAAGAUUUCCUGACCGGAAUGUGCAUGUACCUCCAGUCGCUACGGCAACAUGCACCUGAGAAGCUGCGAACAGGCCCUGGUUUCCUUGGCAACGUUAUGGUGGACCCGACGGCUCAGAUAGGGCAGAACUGCACCAUCGGCCCGAACGUCACCAUCGGCGCCGGCGUGGUGGUGGAAGACGGAGUCAGGAUAAAGCGCUGCACGGUGCUGAAGGGAGCAAGAGUUCGAUCCCACUCCUGGCUGGAGAGCUGCAUCGUGGGCUGGAGCUCAUCAGUGGGACAGUGGGUGCGGAUGGAGAACGUGACAGUCUUGGGGGAGGACGUGAUCGUGAACGACGAGCUCUACCUGAACGGUGCCAACGUGCUUCCCCAUAAAUCCAUCAACGAGUCGGUGGCAGAGCCACGCAUUAUUAUGUAGCACUAAACUGCAGGAGAAAGCCCAGGCCUUUUUUAUGAAGACUGAACCAGAACCUGUGUCGGGGUGAGAGAUAUCCGGAGGGAAGAGGAAGAAUCAAAGCUUCUUUUUAAAUUGCAUUUGGACUUUUUGGCCCUGCUCAGCUGCAUUUCACCAUGGAAGAGUGAAGAAGACAAAACCAGCAUUUCGUUUGAAGGUGUCUGUGAAAGAAGUCACACCAGAGUGGCAGGAUGUCAGGGUGCUGUUGGUUUGAUAUGCAUUUGCUUUUGGCAACAUGUUUACAUAGUCUUAGACCGACUUUUGCUUUCCAACUGUAGCUGCCUCGAACCUGCUACGAGGCAACGAGAAGGUGUGUCACUGACCAUUAAAUGGACUGUAUGGAUUUGCACUAGUUGGCCUUUAUAUUACGAGCACUGAGACCAGGAACAAUCCACAAGAAGUACCCAAAUACAGGCAAUACUUCAGACUUGACUUUUCUGUCAGUGCCAAAAUAGAAAUUGAGGACAUUCUUAACAGAACAUAAUCACGCUAGAUGAAAUCUGCUUUCUCUGAUUCAGACAUCAUCAUGCUUUUGUCAUUAAAGAUCAACUAAAAGAAAAGCAGGAAUGUAGUGAAUAUAAGAUGUAAGAAGCUGUUUACUGACAAGUGCAAACAUGGGACUUAUUUGUGAUAUGAAGACAACUUGAGUGUGUUUGGUUCUUAUUUUUAUCUGUCAUUUUUGUGUAGCUUUUUCAAUCCAGAUGUGCACGUGGUCUUCCUGACCUGUGGUCGCCCGGGCUUGGGUCAGGAGAACAGUGAAUCUGUGAGCCACGUACAACUGAAAUCCUGGUUGUUUAGUUUGGAGUGAAACUGACGAAGACCUCUGCACUGUUGUAGUCAUGAGAAUUCUGCUCUGAAUGCAGCAGAUUCACACUGUCAGUGGUCCGAAGUGUCAAAUUGUAAUGAAUUUUCCCCCAUUUUUUUAAAGAGAAUAAUAUAAUAUACUGAAGAGAGUUCAGUCUGUUCAUGUGUUUCUGUUUGU